GGGACUUUCUUUUGAGCGCCGAACACGGGGUGAGCGCCGAUAUGGUGCGUCUCCUCAACUGCAUCACUUCGCUCAUGUACCGGCGGCUACGUGAGAAAACGCUCGUCUCCAUCGACGCGUGGACCAAACUUGUCCUCAGCUUUCAGCCUGAAGAGAUAGAGGCGGAGAAGCCGAAACCUUUUAUCAAAUUCAAGUUAGACAUGACGACCGAGCAGCUCCGCAAGGAAAUGAACAGGGCCAGGCGGUUCAUCGCCUCCUCCGUGCUCCGGAUCUUUGAGGUCACCGAGAAUCUGCCCAGUGUUGGCACAAUCAUGUUCAAUCCCAACCAUCGUUACAAAAUCCCAGAGUUUGAGGUGAGGAAAAGCGACGACUUGGGUUCGCCUCCGCAAUAGCCGAGCUAGAGAAGCUUAACAAUGAUUCAUACCUUAUUUUUCUGAUUUUAAUUGUGCAGAGCGAGUUGACCUGCAAUAAACUCGAGCUUGAUGCGCCACUCAUCUAAGAGAAUCGAUUAUUUGAUUCCACUAAGUUAUUACCACUUGUAUCGAUUGUGUUGUGCCUAGCGAGAAAAACACACACCUGCUCGCGCCAAGUGUUAAUAGCCUCGGCAAGCAGAUGAGCGCGCACAUAGUGGGGGCACAUGUUCCCGAGCGUGGAUCGCGCUAGUCUCUGCCGUGCACUCGCGACAGCAACACGCCCGCAACAAGCGACCGGAAAAAAGGAACAGAAAACAACUCAUAUGCACCCGGACUGACACAUCGCCAUGAAGGCCCUCAGGCUCAGCCCUUCGUCUCGAAGGCACGAGAGAAGUGCUGGGUCAGCAGGAUCGUCGCUCUUCUCGUUAAACCACCAACUAUGCCUCGAACUGGACCUGUGCGUCCACUCGCCACCGCCAAGCCCGCAACCCCUGACCGACGUGUCCAUGAUCGUCACCCUCAAAGCGCUGCCACUGACAGACUCGUGCGCCUGCCAACGGAUAGGACAGUGGUUGGGCCACCACGACUCGGCUAAAGAAUGUUCAACUUGCGACUUGGAGGAGGAAAUUUCGGAACUUUCGGCCCCGACGUCCCUGCUGGUGGUGCGCGGUGCCCUGGGCAAGGGUGACUUUGAAGCGGCGAUGCAACUUGCGGCCACGCUGCUGCAGGCGGGCGCCGACCCUGACGAGACAGACCCUGAGGGCCGCACCCUGCUCAGCCACAGUGUGCAACACCUGGACGACUCGGCCGCCCUGACGCGUUUGCUGCUCAACAGCGGCGCCAGCGUGUGGCACCGCGGCGGCACCGGCGUCCCUGACCACUCACCCUUCACCUGGCUGCUGCGCGCCCUCAUCCUCAGGCGCCGCUUCGAAAAUUGCGACCUCACCCUUGAGAUGCUGGCCAGAGUCAUGGGCGAGCGACCUGCGCAGAUGAAGGCACACGUCCUCAGGGUCAUGUUCAGACAUGCGAGGUGUCCAAAAGUGCUUGGGCCGAUUUUCAAACGCAUCAAGGAAGUGGUCUCUGUGUACUGGACUAAUGCGCCAAGCCUGCAGUACAGCUGCCUGAGCGCGAUCCGGCGCCGACUGGCAGGACGAACUGCCCACGGGGUGCCACUUCUGGGGCUUCCGCCGUCCCUCAAGAGGAGUCUGCUGAUGCAGGAUCUCUUUUGAGGCAAACUGACACUCGAGAAAAUCAUAGCAAAGUUCCUAAUCCAGCGUGUGUUUCUCGUUGGCCAAGAAGAUUAAAUAAUAUUAUUUCUUUCAUUGAAGUGCUGCAACAUUUUUUUUUAUCAUGUUAGAUCGAUUUGAAUCAGGGUUUUCUAUUUAAACAUCAUCAACGAUUAAUUAAUCUCGCUCAUCGCAAAGUCUGUCUUACUUGCCAUAGCCUAACGAGCCCUGUCUGCUCAAUUAGUUAGUUGCACAAGUGACGCAGGGUUCCGCUCUAGUCCGCCUGAGUAUAUCAAAAUUCACUGCUAAUUCAUUUCUUGUGAAAAUUCAGCAAAUUUUCUAUCAAUUAUCAUAAAAUGGAAAUUCAAUUACAGCAGCCUAACUUGUGUACAAAGUGGACCACUUUAUCAAUUUUGUAAAAAAAAAAUCUGUUUUCUUGACAAGCGGUCAAAAUUGUUUUCAAUUUAGCCUAUUCUAAAUUUAAUUAUGUAUUAACAAUCUAAGCAUUUUAUGUCUUGAAAAUUCUAAUCCGUGAAAACGGUUUGCUGACUGAAAAUGACUUAGAAACAAUUAGAAAAUAAUUUGAAGCAACCUCAGAUGUGCGUAAUUAGUGAAUAAAGUUUCCUUUAUUCGCCAAGUUAAUCUUAAGGAGCAAAAUAUAGCAUCUCACAUUGUAAGCUAAUUUAAAUAUUGCCAGUUUAACUAAUGGUAAGGCACAAAUAAAAAUUGAAAUAAAAAAGCAUGUUUUUUUUCAAACAAAAAACCUACGUAAGAUUGAUACAAUAUUGUAAUUUUAACAGUCAUGCAAUA